AUCCUCCUCCUCCCUGUGCGCUCUCCUCGUCUCCUCCAGCAGCAGCUCCUGCAGCGUCCGCAGCCUCUCUGGAAACGCCUCACCGCUAUUAUUAUAAGCUUUUACCCUAAGAAAUCUGCUGUUAACUGUCAUUUAAAUGACGUGUAGUUUUUCUGUGCAUCACAUGGAUUGUGUGUGACUGUCCCAUUCAUGAUUUCCGGAUCGCGCGGAUACAAGCUGCAGGUCUCAUCGCAGCUGUCACAUCCCACUGGCCUGAUGUGACCUACCACUGCCACCAAAAAUUGACUAAUGUGACCCCGGGAACCUCCUUGUUGGGCAUCAUGGGAUGUGGCACCUCCGUAGCUACAGAGACACAGGGGAAAAGAGUGGAGACAGCUAAUUAUGAUGACACUGUUAAAACUCCCAGCCCGGCUCUGACUAUGAAGGCAGCUGUUUUGAUCCAGCGAUGGUACCGCCGCUACAUGGCCCGUCUGGAGAUGAGGCGCAGGUACACCUGGAACAUCUUUCAGUCCAUUGAAUACGCCGGAGAACAGGACCAGCUACAGCUCUCCAGUUUCUUUAGUUUCAUGCUCGACAACUUCACUCAGUUGAAUGGAAAUGGGCCAGACUUGAUCUCCCAGCUGCUGGACCCGGUGGUUGACCCCUGGUUAGACAAAGAGACCUGCUACAACUUGAUCGCUGUUCCAGAGUCGUACACAGGGCCCCGACUAUCAUUUCCUCUCUCCGUCUCUGAUACAAACACUCUCCUCGGUGCAUUUAAGGAGCAGCAGACCCUACAUGCCAGAUAUGUUCUGCAGCUGCUGUAUGAGACCAAAAAGCUCCUCAAACAGAUGCCAAACAUCAUCCACUUGUCAACAUCCUACACAAAAGAGAUCACUAUAUGUGGUGAUCUGCAUGGGCGACUUGAUGACUUACUUCUCAUAUUUUAUAAGAAUGGCCUUCCCUCUGCGGAGACUCCGUAUGUGUUUAAUGGGGACUUUGUGGACCGUGGGAAAAAGUCAGUCGAAGUGGUCAUGCUUCUGUUCGCCUACCUUCUGCUAUACCCCGACUACAUGCACCUGAACCGAGGGAACCAUGAAGACCACAUAAUGAACCUCAGAUAUGGGUUCACAAAAGAAGUCAUGCUGAAGUACAAGACUCAUGGCCGUGAGAUCCUCCAGCUGUUUCAGGACGUUUUCAGCCUUCUGCCCGUCGCAACAGUCAUUGACGGGAAGAUCCUGAUCGUUCACGGAGGGAUAUCAGACCAGACUGACCUGGACUUCCUCAGCACCAUAGAGAGGCAUAAGGUCAAAUCUGCCCUGAGGUUUCCCAAACGCAGUUUGGAGCAGCUGGACAUCAGUCAGUCCUGCAGACAGAUGAAAAGAAUGAGAUCAACAGACUGCUCUCGUCCCAGUAGCAGUCGCAGCCACAGCAAGAACCAAAAAACCCAGAACCAGAGAAAGAGACGAUGCAGGCUCAGCCGUCAAGACAGCGCUGCCUCCACUUCUUCCUCCUCCUCCUCAUCAUCUUCGUCCGCAUCUUCGCUCUGCUCUCCUCGAACUCCGUCCUGCCUCACGCCUCGCCCGUGCCCGUCUUCUCCCAGCAUGCCCUACACUGUCAGUGUCCUCCAAGUGCCUUUCUUGGACUCUCUGUCCUCAGUCCCCCCUCCUUCACCUCCACAGCAUGAACGGGAAUGGAAACAGAUAGUGGAUAUAUUGUGGAGUGACCCUAAAACCCAAGAAGGCUGCAGUGCCAACACAUUCAGAGGAGGAGGCUGCUACUUCGGCCCUGACAUCACCCAGAGACUGCUGCUGCAACACGGACUCCAGCUGCUCAUCAGAUCCCAUGAGUGCAAACAGGAAGGAUAUGAGCUCUGUCAUGGCGGACAGGUGAUCACCAUUUUCUCAGCGUCAAACUAUUAUGAGGAGGGGAGCAACCGUGGUGCGUACAUCAAAGUGGGCAGAGAACUGGUUCCACGCUUCUACCAGUACCAAGUCAGCCGCACAACGCGCAAACUCACCCUGACACAGAGAGUACGAGCUGCUGAAGGCUCUGCUCUCAGGGCCCUGAAGGAGAAGCUGUUCACCCAUCGCUCUGAGCUUAUGUCAGGCUUCCAGCAGUACGACCAAAAUAACACAGGUUGUGUGUCAGUAAGUGAAUGGGCUCAGGUGUUGGAGUCUGUACUGAGGCUGGAUCUGCCCUGGAGGACACUGCGUCCACACUUAGCCUGUCUGGCACCUGACGGCAGUGUGGAGUAUCAGUCCUGCUUCGAGGAUAUGGAACCAGGGAUUCCUCUGUCUCAGGUCACUCCAAACUUGGCUGAAACUCUCUUCAGAUACAGGACCGACAUUGGAAUAAUAUUCAACAUCAUAGACAAAGACCAUUCAGGUCUGAUCUCCAUCGAGGAGUUUCGUCACACCUGGCGUCUCUUCAGUGCCCAUCUGGGGGUUGACAUCGACGACAGAGCCAUCGAUGACUUGGCUCGAAGUAUUGACUUCAACAAGGAUGGCAGUAUAGACUUCACUGAGUUCCUAGAGGCCUUCAGAGUGGUACACAAAUUGGACAACAAAGAUCAGCAACUCAAUGGAAAGAUGGAUGGAAAGUUUUCCUGAAGUGAAGAAUCUGUUUCUAAGAAAGUCCUGCAUUAUCAGCAGAGAAACUAAUGGAGGAGGGAAAGUAGGAAUGCAGGCAUAAGAUUAAAUGAUUUAGUAUUUUUUAAGUUGUUUAAGGAAAAAUCAACCUUUAAACACGCAAACGCUAAAGAAUAGCAGUGAUAGCGUCGUUUGUUGGUGUAUUUCUAGCCACACGUGGCUCUAGGAGAUGGUAGAGUCAACGUGUAGGUUGCUUUCAUCCACUACUUUGGUUUCAAAGUGAAAUAUCUCGACAACCAUUGGAUGGAUCGCCAUGAAAUGUUUUACAUACAUUCAUGUUCCUCAGAGGAAAAAUCCUUCAGACUCUGGUGAUCCACUGACCUUUCUUCUAGCACCACCAGCCAAAGUUUAUAGUUCAGUGAAAUGUGUCAACAUUAACUAGAUGGAUUUGCAUAUGUUUUGGUACAGACAUUUGUGGUUCCCAGAUGAUGAAUCCUAAUGACUUUGCUGAUUAGCACCACCAACAGGCUGACGUGUUUGAGCGUUUCAAUGGGAAAUGGCUUUUAGGAAUGUUGAAUGUGUGGGUUCAGUGUCUGGCAUAAGGACACUUCAGUAUGUGGACUGGAGAAGCUGGGAAUCGAACUGACCAGCUCUUUGAUUAGUCAACGACAACUUCACUUGCUGAGCCACAGUCACCCCAUGUUGGCAAAAGAUAGACGUCUUGGGUGUAAAAGUGCACAGGAAAGUGAUCAGGAACCCACACAAGCCUUGAACAAGUACAGAAAACAUUUAUUGAAAAACUGAAGCAGGUUCUUGGGCUGCGUAUUUUAUCUACAGUUUGAUUUAGUACAGAUGUCACCUCUGACAGCAGUUGCAGAUUUGUGAGAAACAUAGUGUACAACAGAUGCAGUAGGAGUAACAGUGUGAUGCAGCACUGUUACUUACAAGUCAGUACUAUAGUAUUAUUACGUGGACUGAAGUACUGAUGACUGAAGGCUUCAGGUGUGUGUUGAACUGUUUACCAAAAAGGAAUAAAAUGGCAUUUUUGAAACCUUAA